GCUUUUGUGAGUGUGUAUGCUGUGACUGGAAAAGAUGUUGACACUAGAAGUCUUUUGGCAGCACUGGCAGAAGUUGGAUUCCUUAUUGGAUUGGAAUGGAACAGAUUCAUGAAUUCAUAGUUUUUGGUCAUUUCUUCCUUCAUUGCUCAUCCAUGAUGGGUGGUUUUAUGAGCAUUGUGCUUCCAUUCUAUGGAUUUCUCCUCAUGGUGUUUAAUUCCUCAAGCUUGCAGAUGGGAUCCACAGUAAAAUGGGUGAAGGUGCAAGCUAGUCUUUCUGCACUUGAAGAUGCAACGGAGGCAGGAUAUGAAGAUUUCAAGGCAUUGCUUGAAUAUUUAUUGGAUGAUCAAGAUAAGAUGUCUCAUGAGAUGUCUGUGGGAACUGAUCCUCUGGAGAAAGCAUUAAUCAUUCCGUCAGAAAGGGUUUUUGAGAAGUGCAAAGGUCCAGAUCCAUCAUGUGCCCAAAACCCUUUUAAGGUCCUUCAGUUUUUGAAUGGACACAGUGGAGAAGAGAGGAUUUUACACUUGUAUGAUGAAUGGGGCCAUACUACUGUGGUGCCAGAGUUGACAAGGCAUUUGGACGAUCCUUCAGGAUGA